AUGCGUAAAAGAGAGCCCAAUUCACAGAAAAUGCGAGACCGCAAGAAUCUUGCAGACACAGCCUUGUUCUUGUCCAAAUCUUGCAGACCAGCACGUUACAAGAACAACGGCUUAGAACUCAACAACCGCUACUGUGACAAUGCUUCCGAGAAGAUCCCACUGAAGAACUUGAGCAAGGUGCCAACAUUUUCCAUUGCGUCGCAGCUACCCCUCGAUGAAGACUUCUCUCUCUUUUUACCGAAACACCAGGAGAUGGUUACGGAGGUCAUGAAUGUACUUAUGAGUGUGCCUGAGAAUCAGCUGGCAGACUUCCUUUCCACCUGUGCCUUCUGCAGGGUGCAUCUAAACCCACAGCUUUUCAACUAUUGUUUCUCUACAGCUUUGUUGCAUAGACGAGACACGCGCAAUGUGCCGAUUCCCAAUCUCGUAGAGACGUUUCCAUUCAAAUUCAUGGAAUCACAGGUGUUCCAGCAGGCUCGCGAAAGCUCACGAGUCUUGAAACGCAACGAGCGUAGGGCAAUUAUUAUCCCAAGAGACUUCACAGCCACGGAUUUAGAAGAAGAACAUCGUCUGGCGUACUGGCGUGAAGAUAUUGGCGCCAACUUGCAUCACUGGCACUGGCAUCUCGUGUAUCCUUUUACUUCUUCCAACAGAGCCAUUGUGGCUAAAGACCGACGUGGUGAACUCUUCUUUUACUUCCACCAACAGAUGAUUGCACGUUACAACGGUGAACGUCUCUGCAACUCACUGAAGCGAGUAGUCAUGUUUAGCAACUGGAGGGAACCAAUUCCAGAAGCCUACUUCCCUAAGCUGGACAGUCUGACGUCAGCACGCGUUUACCCCCCGCGGCAGUCGGGUAUGCGCUGGAAAGAUGUGAACCGUCCUGUCGACAACCUCACAGUUGGUAUCUCAGACAUGGAAAAAUGGAGGACCAACAUUUCUGUAGCUAUAUCCACUGGAAAAGUGAGAUUGGAGGACGGUACUUUUCAAGAUCUAAACAUCGACAUAUUGGGCAAUAUGGUAGAAGCCAGCAUUUUGUCACCCAACCGGCAGUUGUAUGGCAGUCUGCACAACAACGGCCAUGUGCUCACAGGUUACAUGCAUGACCCUGUCCAUCGUUACUUGGAAAACUUCGGCGUGAUGGCAGACGAAGCAACGACUUUGCGUGAUCCGUUCUUCUUCCGCUGGCAUGCAUUCAUCGACGAUAUCUUCCAGCAACACAAACAAUCACCCUACGUUAGCCCUUAUUCUCGCUCUGAGUUAGAGAACCCAGGCGUGCAAGUACAAUCAGUGGCCAUCGAAAAC